AUGGAUUCGCCACCGAAGCGUAUGACGCGGGCUCGAGCUGCGGCCAAGGCCAGCGCACCGACCGUGAAGACCACCAAGAUCGUGACCGCGGCUGCCAGGGCCAAGGCGGCCUGCUCAUCCACAGCUACAGCUUCCACAACAAGCACUGCGACCAAGAGAAAGACGCGAGCGGAUGAAAACGACGACGACAGUGAGGGCGAUGCCCGGGCCCGUCGCCUGCGAGGUCGCCCCAGCCGCGCCCCGGGCACUGUCGACAGGCCUCCGUCCUCUCUACGUGCCGAACCCGUGAGAGCGGCGCGCACUACCCGCACAACCAGGAAAACGGCCACAGAACCGCCCAAGGAAGAGCCCAAGGCCGCACGUGGCCGCCCGAGGAGGAGCACGGCCACGUCGGCAGACCAGCCCCCAGCCAGGAAAACAACCGCCGCUACACGAACACGCGCAGGCACUGAAAACAUUGGGCCGGCCGCCAAGAAGGAAUCGGACCCCCACGGCUUGCAUGCCGCCCCAGCCCGCCGACCUCGUACGCCAGCUAGCAAGGCUACCAGAAAUGCCGCGGCUGCUGAAAAGAAGCCUCUGAGUCCGAAAAAGGUCACCCAGAUCCCGAUUCUGCGCAAGGAUGACGACUUGGCCGGUGACGGGAGCCCCCGCAGGAACGGAGCAGCCGACCAGACCAAUGUGACUCCUGUAAAGAAGAGUGUCGAGCUACCCUCGCUCGACAAGGACUCAGACUCAACUCUUACCAUCGAUGUAGCCAUUCUCGGCGCUCCAGAAAGCACAACUGUCGCGUUUGGCUCGCCUCCGCGUCGGCCACCAACAUCGCCCAACAGAGACACCCUCAGGUCUCCAGCCAAGAAGAUGGGAGCUAUGCCGUUCCCAGGCUCCCCUGUCAAAUCAAACCCUUUCUCGCAGGACAAUGACGCAAGGAUGAAAACAUCAUCAAAAAACACAUUAUUCCAAACACCGGCAAAGCGGCCGCCGUCACCAAUCAAGAGCAUGGCUUUUCCCUCGACAAGCAAGCCACAAAAUAGCCAGGACGCCUUCAAGGCGUCCUUAUUCAAGUCUCCAGCAAAGCGAGCGCCGCUUGGUCUCAAACCUGUCCCAUUGCUGCAUCCACAAGCAACCCAAGACUUCUCGGAGGAGCUCGCUAUCGAAGUUCCAGAGAAUCCCGCGCUGACGUCCCGCUUCAACGGCCGACUAUCUGACGUUGUGCCGCGCGAUACUACUGGUGACGAGCUCGACGAAGACGAUCAAGUUGAGCUAGUGCACACAUUAUCCUUUUAUGAGCAGGUUGAUGGCGUUGCUCCCCCGAGAUUCGACCUGACCCAGUCUUCUAGCUCUGCUGACAGCACGCUCGAAGUUGCUGGAGCGCCAGAAUCUGUUUCUACCCCAAAACCAAUGGCGACACCACAGGGCCCCAGCUUUCAGCUUCGAGACAAGGAUAUGGAUCCUUGCCACGACAUGACCACAAUGUCUGAUUCUGAUGAUGAGUUGAACGUGGACGAGGACGCGUCUACCUUUACACCGAGCUUCAAUAGGAACCGUCGAUCUACGAUAGGUCUCACCAACCUGGCUCAGACGCUAGGCGCGUGGUCGUCGGAAAACCCUGCUCCCGCCAGUGAAGCCAUGCAGCCAGCCUCUGGCCUUCCGCGUGCUUCAAACAUUGUGCCACUCGCUGAGCCCUCACCUGUGAAGACGAGCUUCUUUGAGGAUCAAAUGCAGACCCAGGAGAACGGCGGUGAAGUAGCGGACGGCGAAAUCUCCGAGCCAUCAUUCGAUGAGGAUAUUAGAGUCACCGGUGAAGAUCUUGCACUUGCCCAGGAGGCUGAGGACAUGUCGCAUUUGGAAGAGAGUCCUUGCGCUGAGCGAAGCGUUGCCAAAUCAUUCUCCGACUCUUUGUCUGAAGCGAGUCAGGAAUAUGGUGACGAGAAUGAGCUGCCUGUUGAUCCUGCACUCAAUGGUCCGCGCAUGUGGCCGCCUGCAACACCCGCCAGACCAGUCCCGAGAAACUGCUCUACGACGACCAAGGUGCCGCUCAAGCCUGCCGAUGAGUCGAGCCCAACAAAAUCUCGCCGCUUCAGUGCCUCACGUAUCCCUAACAACGGUACCGGGAGCCUGCCAAAGAGUGCUACCGUCAUUUCUUACUCUCCCGAGAAGAAACGGAAUACCGACGCGUUCGAUAUGGACCAGGAACCUACUACUCCUGUGAGCAAGUGUGACAUGUGGUCCAAUAUGGGAGACUCUGCUCGCACUCCUCGACGCGACGCCAACUCGUCUCUGCUCCGCGGUGCCGUUGUCUUUGUCGAUGUUCAUACCAGCGAAGGCGCCGAUGCCAGCUUGAUUUUCGUGGACCUGCUUACGCAGAUGGGAGCCAAGUGUGUCAAGACUUGGACCUGGAACCCAGACAGUGCCUCGAGUUCCGAAUGUUUUUCCAAUAGAAUUGGCAUUACGCACGUUGUUUUCAAAGACGGCGGCAAGAGGACAAUGGAGAAGGUCAGGAGGUCAAAUGGCGUCGUGCAGUGCGUUGGCGUCAGCUGGGUUCUCGACUGCGAGAAGGAGAAUGAGUGGCUUGAUGAGGGCCCCUACCUCAUCGACACAGCCUUUGUCCCACGCGGAGGGGCCCGUCGCAGAAAGAGCAUGGAGCCCAAGGCUCUAGCCAACAACAAUGGCACCUUGGUCAGCACGCCUGCGAAACAGAGCAGCAGCUCCUACAAUCGCCGCCAAAGCGGAAUCUGGAUGCAGACGCCGCCUGAGCAAAACGGAAGCGACGAACAGGGUGACGACAUCGAGUGGUCGGAGUUUAUCCUCACUCCGGUUCCGAAGACGCCCAGCCCCGAGACAAUAUUCAAAUAUGCGACUGAGGAGCCUGAGACGCCUUCGCAAGGUGACGAUAGCCACACUUCGCUUUCUCGGGAGGAGAUGCUCAUGAGAACAUGUCCAUCCAAGUCUGGUGGCGGCGGCGCCUACGAUCAGCUGGGUGAGGGAGUUCUGAGCCCCCACAAGGAUGAGAAGGUGCUCAUGCGCCUGAUGGCGGCUCGCCGCAAGAGCCUGCAGUUUGCUCCCAAGAUUGCCAGCCCGCUGUCAAAAUCUUGGUACUAG